AUGCUCCCCUCCCCUUCAUCCAGCAUCGGCGGGAAGGGGGAGGGCAAGCUAGAGAAAGAUGAUCCUGUGGAUCAUUCCGCAGAAAAUCAGCUCUCUUCAGCCGAGAAGAAGAAGCGCAGCUUCGAGCGAAGUCUAGCUGGCCCCAGACUGCAGUUGGAUCAGACUGAGAUCAAUCACAUCAUCGCCGAAGCAUCUAGGGGCUCAAAAUUUUACAACAAUCAAGUCAGGAAAGACGAUGAGCUCAACCGGAAGAUAGCAUGGUUUCAAGCCAAGCGUGACGAACUCUUGAAGAUGGCUCAGCCGGAGCUGCUAGCAGUAGAGGCCGAGCGCAUUCUCGCCGAAGUGGAGGCUACACGGGACUUGUCACAGACGAUAGUUCACGUGGACAUGGAUGCUUUCUACGCGUCCGUUGAGGUCAAACACGAUCCAUCACUCAAAGGCAAGCCAUUCGGGGUCGGACAGGGCGUUCUGACAACAGCUUCCUAUGAAGCUCGCAAGUUCGGUUGUCGGUCUGGGAUGGCGGGUUUCAUUGCCAAGCGACUCUGUCCUCAGAUCAUCUUGGUACCACUGAAUUUUGACCGAUAUAUUGAUGCAUCCGAUUCUGUCCGAAGAGUGCUGCUAGAUUUUGACAGCAAUCUCAUGAUGGCAAGUCUAGACGAAGGCUACCUCAACAUCACUCAAUACAUGGAUACUCACGCCAUGACAGCUGGGGAGGUAGUGUCUCAUCUCAGAAAUCGAGUAGAGGAGGCGACUGGACUCACUGUCUCUGCGGGUAUUGCUCCAAAUCGAAUGCUCGCAAAAAUCUGCUCUGAUAAGAACAAGCCAAACGGUCAAUUCGAAUUGCAAUUUGAUCGAGUGACCAUCACGAGGUUCAUGCGAGAUAUGCCUGUCAGAAAGAUUCCUGGCUUCGGGAGGGUGACGGAAAGAUGUCUGGAAGGGCUAGGCGUUGAGACCUGUGGAGACAUUUGGAAAAACCGAGUUGAGCUCUUGGUCAUGGACCACUGGUUUGGCUUCAAAGGAUUGUGCAAAGCGUAUCUUGGAAUCGCGGACAAUACCGUGCAGCCCGGGAAGAGAGAGGAGCGGAAGAGCGUAGGGUGUGAAAGGACUUUUCGAGACAAGACGGACGACGAAGAUAUUCUCAACACUCUCGCAGACAUAGCAGACGAAUUGUGCAAGGAUCUUGAACGAUUGCAGUACGCCGGCAAGACCGUCACCGUAAAAUACAAGCUGCACACGUUUGAAAUCUCGAGCUCAUUCGGUCAAAAAAUUCAUCUCUACCAAGGAGGAGAUUCUGCCGGCAAGUUUCUGCUACAUACGGUUGCUCAUCCGCAGAUCGCUCAGGAACUCCUCAAGCGAGACCUUCCACUCAAAAUACGCCUCCUUGGCAUUCGUCUGUCGACUCUGAAGGAUUUGACGGUUGUCGAGAAAGGCAUCAAAAAUUACUUCACCACCAAUAUGGCUACGCCGUCGGAGGAGGAGUCUCCGAUCCCUGCCGACGUCGAUCAAUCUCCAACGCUGCCAAGUGCUCCGGCGCUCGACACCAUAUGUCCAAUAUGUGAUAAGAAUCUGGGAUCCGCGACCUCGAAUGCACAGCUCAAUGCUCACAUUGACGAAUGCCUCAAUCGGGAAGAAGCCCCCCGGCCCGCGAAGAAGCCAAAAGUCAAGCCCGGAGGCAAGACGAUGCUUGACUGGGUGACACGGACGCGUUGA